AUGGAUGAACCUAUUGUUCCAUUUGGAACAUUUGGUGCUACAGUUACCAAAAGCAAUCCGACUCCAAUGUUUCAAUUUAACCUGGGAAAAAUCGAAGUCCCUUCAUAUGUUAACGAAUACAAAAAUAUAUCAUUUCGAAAUAUAAGUGGUGUUGAUGAACAUGGUUUUACACCUAGACAUUAUGUAUUAUUAGGUGGACCAAAUAGUGUUUAUAUAGCUUAUACUGUAAGUAAUCCAAAUUUUCAAGAUGUUGGUGGCUUCCACAAUUUUCCAGCUUCCCAUUAUGUCGCUUCUCAAAAUAAAGACAAAGACUUACUAAGAGGCAUGAUCAAUUCAAAUCCUUAUAAACUCGAUGAAUUUAACCGAAGUUACGUUUUUUAUCUUAUAUACAAUCCAAACGAAGAUGUUAUUGACAAAUUUUUGCAAUUUGCUCAUAAUCUGAGAUUAAUCAAAGAUCCAUUUGGUCAAUUAGAUAGAUUUGGCCUUACUUUUAUUCACUUUUGGUUCUUAGUUGGCAAGAAAGAAAGAGUUAAGCGUUACCUUACGACAAUAAAAUAUAUUACAGAUAUGUUUCAUUCAUUAACAAAUGACAUAACAAUUACACAAGUACCUACGUACCCGAUUUCCAAAUUCUUGCCUGAAGAACCAUAA